CUCGGUUUUGAUUGUCACAGAAGCAGAAUCAAAUGAGGAAGUGCUGGAAAAUAAUAUCGUCGAAUCAGUGAAUUAGAUCCGAGUUUUUCUAAUAAACUCAUAUUUGCAUCUGUUGAAUGUUUGGUUGCCAUGGAGACCCCUGAGCCCAGUCAGGCAGAUGGUGAGGAGCGGAUGAUGGAUCUACGGCCCAGAACCCGGUCCAACCCAGAGGGUGCAGAAGACCGGCGCAGCAGCAACGGCAGCCUCAACAACAGCCUUGCAUCCCCCCCGCAGCCGGCCGUGGGCAGUCGUGUAGAGGGGGAGGGAGAGGCGGCCAGCUCUGAUAGCCCCCCGACUUCUGCCACCGCAAUCACGACCACUGCACCUGCCCUCAUCUCUGCGGCAGGAAACGCCACGACCAGCAUGCCUGCGAUGGCAUCUACAACGAAGGAAAGACCUAAACCAUAUCAGCCAUCCCUGCCCACCCAGAUACCCCCAUCUGCAGAGUUACACCUGCGGGCACCACGUGUCAACUGCCCAGAGAAAGUGAUCAUAUGUUUAGACCUUUCAGAAGAGAUGUCUCUACAAAAACUGGAGUCCUUCAAUGGAUCCAAGACAAAUGCGUUAAAUAUUUCACAGAAAAUGAUUGAGAUGUUUGUGAGAACCAAGCACAAGAUAGACAAGAGGCAUGAGUUUGCUCUGGUGGUGAUUAAUGACGACGCCAUGUGGCUAUCAGGAUUCACCUCUGAUCCACGAGAGCUUUGCAGCUUUCUGUAUGACCUUGAGACCAAUGUCUGCGAGUCCUUCAAUCUGGAGGAUCUCCUCAAUGUAAUUUUGCAGAAAAUUGAACUUCCACAGAUGGAGAACGUUCAAACUAUCCCGCCUCCCUUUGUAGUCCGAACUCUCCUUAUAUUCAGUCGGCAUGCUGGCAUGCUUCAGUUCAACCCCUCUGAUGCCAUCAAAAAAAUGCUGCAGUCUCCCUAUUUUUUCUUUGAUGUUGUUUAUCUUCAUAACGGAACUGAAGAGCAGACAGAGGACACUAGCUGGAAGGACGUGUAUGCCUCCUUCAGUGAGUUGGACUCUAAGGGGAUGUGCUAUCGUUUUGAGGUGUCACUGUGUGGUCCUGCUAUUGAGCUGCACAACUGCAUGGCCAAACUGCUCUGCCACCCGCUGCAGAGACCCUUCCAGAGCCAUGCCUCAUACAGCUUGCUGGAAGAUGACGACCCGCAAGAGACUGAGGCCACAGUGUAAUGCCAUUGAUGAUUUCACUCAAUGGACUGCUUAAAUAUUACUCAAAUCUCCUUGAGUAACAAUCAGAGACUGAGGAACUGAAGGAGUGACCUAUGAAUUACUGCAUAUAUGUGUCUUUGUGCACAAUUUCCAUGCUGGCAAUGUCUCGUUUAUUACUUUUGAAGUUAUCUGGGAAAGCAGUCAUAACCACAGUAGCUUAAGACUACUGUGGAACUGUUAACUACUGCUGGUUUGAUCAAGUUCUGUUGCUCUUAGCACGAGAGAGCUAACCAGGGUUAGUUUUGUGAAUGUCAUCUUUAAAAAUUCUGGUUUCUGAAAACUUGUGUUACUGUAUAUGUCAGUUUAUAGACAGGUACAGAUUGUCUGAAGGGAAGUCAUACAUCAUACUCCUCUUUUUUUUUUAAAGAUGAGCUCAUGCGAAUGGUCACUAGAGCUAUAUUGAUUGGAUCUUUAACCUGAUGUGCUAAUGGUUUGGUGAUGGUUUAUAUCGAUCGAUAGCAUCUCAUAUAUAAAUAUACAAUAUCUUAUAUAAUUAAAUAAAUGUAAAUGCUCUUUGUGAUUUAUUCUGUGACUCAUUCUACAUGGGCAUGAGAAGUGUUUUAAAUACAAUAACAAUGUGCUGUUUGCAGAGAUUAACCAGCAUGACUGGGGGCCACUGUUGUCUUUAAAUGCAUAUGGCGUUAAAGGUACACGUGGUCAUUUUUUCCUCAUUAAAAAGUUUUACUCCUUAA